AUGGCUCGACUUCGCCGUCAUCAUCGUCGUUGCCAUCGUCGCCGGAGAGAGGACGAAGGCGCCGAGCGGGAGAUGACUCCCGCCACUCGACCAAGCCGCCCUCAUUUCUUCAAGAUCAUACUCUCCCACACCCUCGAAUCUGGAAAGCUUGGAAUCCCAAAGAGCUUCUUAAGCAGACAUGGAAAAGAUCUCUCGGGUCUGGUGCUUCUCAAGGUUGCAGGAGGUUCAACCUGGCCUGUGGAGCUAGAACAGAGUGACAAUGACGUGGUUUGGUUGUGGAGAGGGUGGCGAGAGUUCAUGGAGCAUUAUUCCAUAGGUCAUGGUCAUUUCAUAGUCUUCAAAUAUGAAGGGGACUCUACUUUCCAUGUGAUAAUAUUCGAUAAGAGCGCUUCAGAGAUCGAUUAUCCCUUGAGCAUCCAAAGUCACGCAGCAGCAAGCCCCGAGGGCGAAUUCGUCUCUCGGAAAGAGGAAAAUGUUGUGGAAAUCGAAGAUUCGGAGGGGUUCGUGCCUCGUCCUUGGCCAAGUUCAAACGGCUCGUCACGAGAAUUUGGAGGUCCAAGUUCUCUCCCUGCUCUUGAAUUAGCCAGCAAAUUUGAAUCAGACCAUCCAUUUUUUAAAGUGGUGAUGCGACCUGCGUAUGUUCGGAAUUAUUUGGGCAUUCCUCGGGAAUUUUUCAGGAAACAUGUUCAGAAGAACAAGCAAGUUGCGACUCUUAGGUACUCAGACAGAUUGUGGCAAGUGAAGCUGAGGAGCUAUGAACACCGAAAAAUGACAUUUCUCUCUACCGGUUGGUCCUCAUUCGUGAGAGAAACUGGUCUUUGUGCAAGAGAUGUCUGCGUGUUCGAGCUCAUUGAUAGGGAUGACAUUGCGUUUAGAGUCUCCAUUUUCACUAGUGAUGGUCGGAUCGAAAUCGAACAGUCUCAAUGCCGAGAGAGCUCUUCGGAGCCAGCUUUUCACCGUACUCGAUGUCUGAGCCCAGUCUCUGCUCCUGAAAAAGUUAGGGGAUUUGAAUCGGACCAUCCAUUUUUCAAAGUGGUGAUGCGGCCUUCUUAUGUUUGGAAUAAAUUGGGCAUUCCUUGUGAAUUCUUCAGGAAACAUGUUCAAAAGAACAAGCAAGUUGCGACUCUUAGGUACUCUGACAGAUUGUGGCAAGUGAAGCUGAGGAGCUAUGAACACCGAGGAAUGGCGUUUCUCUAUACCGGUUGGUCUUCAUUCGUGAGAGAAACUGGUCUUCGUGUAAGAGAUGUCUGCGUGUUCGAGCUCAUUGAUAGGGAUGACAUUGUGUUCAGAGUCUCCAUUUUCACUAGUGAUGGUCGAAUCGGAAUCAAACAGUCUCAAUGCCGAGAGAGCUCUUCCGAGCCAGCUUUUCACUUUUCUCCAUGUCUGACCACAGUCUCUGCUCAUGAAAAAGCCAGGGGGUUUGAAUCGGACCACCCCUUUUUCAAAGUGGCAAUGCGUCCUUCUUAUGUUAGCAAAUAUUUGGCCAUUCCUUGGGAAUUCUUCAGUAAACAUGUUCAAAGGAACAAGCAAGUUGCGACUCUUAGGUACUCAGACAGAUCGUGGCAAGUGAAGCUGAGGAGCUACUAUCACAGACGAACGGCAUUUUUCUCCACCGGUUGGCCCUCAUUCGCAAGAGAAACCGGUCUUCGAUUAAGCAAUGUCGGCGUGUUUGAGCUCACCGAUAGGGAUGAUAUCGUGUUCCGAGUCUCCAUUUUCAGAAGUGAUGGUCGGAUCGAAAUCGAAAAGCCUCAAUGCCGGGGGAGCUCUUCGGAACCAGCUUUUCAUAGUUCUCUUCCGUGUCUGACUCCUGUCACUGCUCAUGAAAAAGCUAGCAAAUUUGAAUCGGAGCACCCGUUUUUUCAUGCUGUGAUGUUGCCAAAUCAUAUGAACCGAAAAUUGAACAUUCCUUGGGAGUUCAUAAAGACAUACGUUCGGGAAGUCCCGCGAAUGGCGACUCUUGUUAGUUCCGGCAGAUCAUGGGAGGUGAAGCUCUAUGGCUAUCGGCGCUUCCACAUUGCAUGCUUGGCAGCCGGUUGGCCCGUGUUCGCAAGAGAAGCUCGCUUGCGCGGAGGAGAUGUCUGCGUGUUCGAGCUCAUCGAUAGGGACAAUAUCGUGUUCAGAGUCUCCGUCUUCAGGAAUGCAAAUAAAGGAGUGAUUUGCAUUGAUUGA